AUGCAGAUGCCGACAACCGACGCAGCACCAAACAAUACGUAUCCAACGUCGACGUACGGCGGGAGCGACUCACGUUCGCACGGCCCCGCCGCAGGUGACGGUGACAGGGACAGAGCCAGAGACAGAGACAGAGAAUCGGCAUCACGCGCUCAGCCCUCAGGCCGUACGACUAGAACUACCACCACCACCACUGGUUCGGAUACUCGCAGUCACCCGCGAUCCCGCUCACAUGGCCCCAGACCCACAGACGAGGAACGGCGAGAACAGCAAACGAGGGACUCGGCGAACAGAGUGAGAGAGAAGGAGAUCCUUGACGACCUCGAGGUUGGCGCUUCGAGGCGAUCGCGCGGGGAUGUAUAUUAUACCUCUGAUCGUGACCGCGACCGUGAACGUGAACGUGAACGUGGCCAUGAUCGCGAUCGCGAUCGCGCACACAAUAAGGACAGAGAGUCGAGGGGUGAGCAUUCUUACAAGGUUCGCGAGCGUCCGGUCUCGGUGUCGUCUGGGAGCAGCUUUGAGUACUUGUCUGCUGGUGAUAAUACUGUUACCACUGUGAACAGGAGCGACAGGGAUGCGCCUCCCCGCCCGCCUCCUACGGACAGCCAAAGCAAGAAGGAUAACCGAAACUCUGCUCCGCCUGGUACCAGCACAGGCUCACGGACAAUGAGCUAUGCCGGCGCUGUUAGUGCCCCACAGACGGAUUCGAAGCCGCUGCCUCUGCCGAAGCAGUCGACGUCGACGUCUAAUUCUACAUCUCCCAGGCCUGUGUCCUCAGCCUCAGCUGCAGCGGAGGCGCGCGCUCAGGAAAAGAAUGAGGAGAAGCGACUGGCUGUUAGCCAUCCGCCCAUAGCACCCUCACGCGCCGAUCCACGAGAACGAGGGCAAGGACAUGCACAGGCACUAGUGGAUGACCGGGACCCUUUACUCUCAAAUAAUCCCGGACAACACCACGGAGAGCCUGCACAUGGCGCUCCACUACCGCCUGCUUUUCCUCAACAACUGCGAGUGGCCCAGCAGCCUCCUCAACAAGGAGAUGCACAGCCGAUCAGCCCUAACAGCCCCGACAAAGGGCUCAUCCGCAGCAUGCUGGGUGCUGUCUCCGGUUGGUCGGGCGCGCCGCCGGCCCCACGGGACAAGCAGCGCGAUGAGGUCCAGCGCUUGCAAAGCGAGGCAGAGAAGUGGUACAACGAAUGCAAGCGGCUCGACCGCGACCUACGCAUUGCGCGGCGCACGUGCUCCGACCUCGAGAACGAGCGCAACCGGCUGCAGGACAACGCGCGUGCGCUGCAGCACGAGCUCACGAACGUGCAGCACGCGCUGAGCGAGGCACAGGCGCUCUCGGAGGUGCGCGGGCGCGAGCUUGUUGGCGCGCAGGUGUUCCUUACCAAGGCGGACGCGCUGUCCAUCUCGGAUGUCGUGGAGAAGGUGAAUGUGCUGAACGAGGAGAUCUUCCAGGCGGCCGCGGGGCUUGCGGAGGGGCUUGUGGUUGUUGGUGCUGGGCAACCUGAGUUUACCGUGGCGGUGGCGGAGGGUGCGUAUCAGGGUGUGGUGAGGACGAUUGGGGAGUUUCUCGCAGGCGUUCUGCAUACACAGGCGCAGGCCUCAGUGCGGGAGGUACACCCGCUCAUCGCGCAGGUCGCGCUCUCAUGCUUCGUGUCCGAGUUCUGCUUCAUGAAACUCACGGCGUGGUACUCCUCCGACCCUAACAUCGAUGAAUUCCUCAGAACAGUGUACAACCAAAUCAGACAGAAUGAGGAGCAGGCCGUAUCCGGACGUUGGCGCGCGCUUCUGCGUGCCCAGAUCCGGCCAUUGACUGAUACCUGGAAGAGAGAACUGACCGACUCACUCCAAAAUUUAUUGGUAUUUUCAGGAUGGAACGCUCCUCUUGAGGCCCAACAGGCCUUCGUGGCAAAACUCGCCCCCAUCUUCAACGCACUGGAGGACCUGCGCGGCGCCAUAUACGAAAAAUACACCUCGGCGGAUCUCGAAGCAUCCGAAGUGCAACCAGGCAGUCCUUUCCAAACAUGGAUGGACGAUGCGUAUGGGGACGAACGGAAGAGUCCGCCGCCGCCGGGGCAGGGGCAGGGUGGGAAGACGAUGCAGCUGGUAGCGUGUACGACGGGCAUUGGGCUCAAGAAAUUGCUUCCUACUCCUGGUCCAGCGCAGGGUCAUCGGUCCAGGGGUGGUGACUGGUAUGAAAUGGUGCUUCCACCAAAAGUCUGUCUUGAAGCCACUCUGCGCGAGGCCUUGGAGCCUCCUCCUCCCAGUAGCAAAGGGAGGAAGAGGCGUGCUCCAGCGCCGGAUGAAGGAGGGCGUGCAUGA